AUGGCUGAGACUGAUUCCGCGACGCCCCAGAAAUGGUCCGAAGAGCGUGUGGAGAAGCCAUCGAUCCACGAGAAGGACGUGGUGUAUGAGCAUGCUAAAUCAAAGCACCAUGAUCCAAAUUGGACUGGCGAGGGGGUGGACACCUCACACGUCGACCCCAAGAAGGUCCUACGGAAAAUGGAUUUGCGCCUGAUACCCAUGCUGGCGAUCCUAUACCUGCUGUCUUUCCUCGACCGAGGCAACAUUGGCAACGCGAAGAUCGAAGGCAUGGAGACUGACCUGAGUCUUUCCGGGCCAGAAUACAGCCUUUGCGCGACCGUCUUUUUCUUCACAUACUGUGCAUUUGAGAUUCCCUCAAACUUGCUUUUGAAGCGCCUCAGGCCUUCCGUUUGGUUGCCAUCCAUCAUGGUAGCGUGGGGCACGGUCAUGACCUUGAUGGGUCUUGUUCAAAGCUACCACGGCCUUCUCAUUGCUCGUAUAUUCCUUGGUGUCGCCGAAGCUGGCCUCUAUCCUGGUGUUGCAUACUACCUGACAAUGUGGUAUUGCACCGAAGAACUGGCUUUCCGCCAGAGCCUCUUCUUCAGCGCCGCCAGCGUGGCCGGCGCCUUUUCAGGCUUACUUGCGUUCGCCAUCGCCAAAAUGGACGGCGUCGCUGGCGAAGCAGGCUGGCGCUGGAUUUUUAUUCUCGAGGGCAUUGCAACUGUUGUCGUUGCCGUCGCAGCUUUCUUUCUCUUGCACGACUUCCCCGACACCGCAAGCUUCCUGACGACCGAGGAGAGGGCAUGGGUUGUCCAUCGACUCAAGUACCAAGGGAGCAAGAAGAGCGGAAGAAUGGUCGCUGAGAGCGAGCACUUUGAAUGGAAAUACGUCAUCAGAGCUCUGACGGAUUGGCAAAUAUACCUGUCCCUUUUCAUGUAUUGGUCUAUCGUCGUACCGUUGUAUGGCAUCUCUUUCUUCCUGCCGACAAUCAUCAAGGAGCUUGGAUACACGUCGGCGACAGCACAGCUUUUGACGGUUCCGAUCUAUAUCACAGCUGCAAUUCUGGCCGUCAUCAUCGGGUGGGCCUCGGACAGAGCCACCAAGCGAGGAGCCUCACGCUGGCCCUACAUCUUUUUCCCCGUGUGCGCCAUUCUGGUUGGCUUCGUCAUCGCCAUCGCCGGUUCCGCUGCUGGAGAUAUCCCUGGCGUGGUGUAUGCCGGCGUGUUCAUUGCGACCUGUGGAAUCUACCCCGCUUUUCCGGGCAACGUCACCUGGAUCGCCAACAACCUCGCAGGGAGCUACAAACGAAGCGUCGGGAUGGCUCUACAGAUCGGUCUCGGCAAUCUCGGAGGGGCCAUGGCGAGCAACUUUUAUCGCAGCGUCGACGCGCCCAAGUAUCUGCUUGGCCACGGUCUGGAGAUCAUGUUUGUCGUCUUCGGCCUGGUGGCCAUCAUUGCUUUGCGGAUCUCGUAUGGAGUCAUCAACAAGAAGAGAGAGCGCAGUGGGGCCGCGGAGGGUUUGACGGACGAGCAGCUUGCAGACCUCGGCGACAAGAGCCCGUCGUUCAGGUAUACGCUGUAG